CAUAAAAAUAUGCGAUAAGAUAUAGGAAGAUUCUUGAUUCUUCAUAUAAACUGUGUGAAAACUAUGAAUUGCAGUUCGUUAUUCGUUGCCACUGCAGAUAGACAAUAGAUCAAAAAUGAAUCUCAUUUUAAAAAUUGGCGGGUUAUUUGCGGUUGUCUUCCUGAUAUCCUUGAUGGCAACCGAUACAGGUGCUGAUUGCAACGUCUGCAAUGCUGGCAGUAAUACAGCCUGUGUCUCAAAGAACGAAUACAGGCAAUGCAACUCAAGCAGCAAACCAUUUGGAAAGUUGUACGAAUGCAAUGAGGGUUAUUUUUGUUCCAUUUUGGGCACAUGUUCCGACGUACCAGAACUAGCCGAAUGUAAUGACUGUGGAAAGUGUGAUGCAACUAAAACGUUUGCUUGCACUGGUACAAACACAUUUAGUCUAUGUCUUGGAACUGAUAACACAACAGAUAUUGGGGCUCAGUGCUCCGGCAAUUUGGUGUGUAACGCAAAUGAUCCUCGGAUAUGUGUGGAGGUGUGUUAACAAAUUAUUCCUUUCAAAUUGUAUGAAAUUCAGUAUUGAUCUGAGCAUUUUUCAGGAUGCAGCAACCUGUUCAUUUAGGGAUGACCCUACGACGACCACGACAACGACCACAACAGAAGCAACCACAACCUCAACGACAACACCUUCGCCCAAAGAAGAUCCCGCAGGUUUUUGUGCUGUAAUUCAACAGGAAGGCCGUUUUCCAGUUGGUACAGAUGAUGCAACUACAUGCCAUCAAUAUGUUCACUGUUUGAAUGUCAAUGGCGUUUGGUAUGGACCAACUUAUAAUUGCCCCGGCAAAUAUUAUUAUGACAGUGCCCUGAAAUCAUGCGUGCCAAAAAUGCCAGCACAUUGUGGCCCCAAAGUCUCAGGAUUAUCGUUCCGUAGUAUUUUAUUGGAAUGAUUCCAAGCCUAGUGAUAAAUAAUAACUUUUAUUCACCUGCAUUUUGGAUUUGUGCAUUGAUUUCGUUUUAAUAAAUGGCAUAUAAAUGCACUUUC